AGGACCGGCCGGGCCCGCGCUAGGCCGCGCCGAAGCCUGGCCUUGGCAGUAGUUUGUCGGCCGCCCUUGGCCGCGGAGGAGGUCGCCGCUCUCCCGGAGCCGGGAGGAGGACGGGCCCAGCCCGCCACCCUUAUAAAAACAACCCCCCCCCCCCCAAAAAGAGAAAUGGCCCAAGAUGCAAUGGAUAUAGAUGUUCACCUAGACACAGAUGACGCUCCAGAAAGACCAGAGGUUGGCCCUGCUGAGGCCAUCGGUAGUCAAGCAGGGCCGUCCCUCUUGUCCAUUCCUCAAGAACCGCGGGAAGUAGCCGAGGAAGUAGUUGUGCUCUCCGGACCUGAGGAUGAAGAUCCAGGCCCCGGAGCGGCAGGAGAGGAGGCGGUGGGAGGAGCGGCUGCGUAUCCCAUUCUCCAGGAUUCUGCUCUGAACUCCUUGAACACCUUUAUUGACGGAUUACAAAGGCUGCAAGGGGCCCUCGGACUACUGAGGCAGCAACCUGCCGGGCAAGUGGCCCGGCAACCGAGGACGAGGAGGGCUAGCCGCCGGCAGUUGAGACCACGAGCAUCUCAGGGAUCGGCCGCCAACAGAUCCGCAGCACCGCUGGACAGUUAUUUUCAGGUCAGCAGGACUCAGCCACCUUCCUCGGCCCGCUCCCGUCCUGACUCUGAAAGUAUCCAGGAGCUGAGCAGCUUGGACAGUGACAGCUCCACCAGUGAAGAAGAGGAAGAGGAGCAACAACAGCCGCCGCUCCCACCUACUCCCACCAGAUUAGGAGCAUCUGGCGCUAUUCCAGCGGAUCCUCCGGGGGAGUCUUCAGCGGGAACGUCUGCGUCCGGAGCAGAGGCCCAACCGAAAGCGCCCACUCCAGUGAAGCCUGACCCGCCGUCUCCUGCUGCUGCUGUUUCCACCGUCCCUUUAGAUGAGGAAGAAGGGGACACUUGCUCCAUCUGCUUUGAACAGUGGACCAACGCUGGGCCGCACCGGCUCUCGGCCUUACGCUGCGGGCAUCUUUUUGGAUACACUUGCAUCGCUAAGUGGCUUAAGGGACAGGCGGGAAAAUGUCCCCAGUGUAACAAGAAAGCCAAGCGCUCCGACAUUGUGGUCCUCUACGCCCGAACUCUGAAGGCCCUGGACACCAGUGAACAGGAGCAGUUGAAAAGUUCUUUAGAGAAGGAGCAGAUGCUGAGGAAACAGGCGGAGUUAGAAUCAGCCCAGUGCCGACUCCAGAUGCAGUUCUUGUCUGAUGAGUGUACUAAACUGCGCAAUCAGGUGCAGGAACUGAAGGUGCUCGUGGCCCAGCAUGGACCAAGUAGUUCUCAGCAGCCCGGCAGCUCCCGAGCCUGUUUCCCCAGCUGCCUGACCUCCAGUCAGAGUCAGCACCAGUAUCAGCUGGAGAAGUCCUUCAUCAUAUCUCAGGCAGGAAACUGCCGGGUCAUGGCCUACUGUGAUUCUCUGAGCUGUCUGGUGGUGUCUCAGCCCUCUCCGCAAUCUACCUUUGUUCCGGGCUGCGGGGUUAAGAUGAUGAGUGCAGCCAACAUGAAAAGCAGCCAGUACAUUCCAAUCCACAGCAAGCAGAUCCGGGGCUUGGCCUUCAGCAACCAGGGAAAUGGCCUGCUGCUGUCUGCUGCUCUGGACAACACAGUCAAAUUGACGAGUCUGGCGACGAAUACUGUGGUCCAAACGUACAACACUGGCCGCCCUGUCUGGAGCUGCUGCUGGUGCCUUGACGAUACCAACUACAUUUAUGCUGGGCUGAUCAAUGGUUCCGUCCUGGUGUACGAUUUGAGGGACACAAGCUCGCAUGUCCAGGAAUUAGUGCCUCAGGGAUCCAGGUGUCCAUUGGUGUCCCUGUCAUACCUACCCCGAAUGGCCUCAGCUGCAUUUCCAUACGGGGGAGUUCUCGCUGGAAACUUAGAAGGCGCCUGCUUUUGGGAGCAGAAGACCAGCAAUGUCUAUUGCCCUCACAUCCUGCCUCUCGAGCCAGGGGGCUGCAUUGACAUCCAGACAGAGAGCAGUACUCGACACUGCCUUGCAACAUACAGACCCAACAAAAACCACCAUUUCCUACGCUGCGUGCUGAUGGAAUUAUCAUAUAUCCCGGACUCGGCCGGUAACCCGAUCUGCUCCUGUCAGCCCAUCCAGACUUUCACCGGUGGGCCAACCUGCAAGCUGCUGACCAAAACUGCCAUCUUUCCCAAUCCAGAGGAAGACACUAGCAUCUUGGUUUGUGCUGGGGAUGAGGCUUCCAACUCCGCCAUGCUGUGGGAUGCCGGGAGUGGCUCCUUGCUGCAGAAGCUCAAGGCCAGUGAACCUGUGCUGGACAUCUGCCCCUUCGAAGUGAACCAGCACAACUACCUGGCUACCCUGACGGAGAAGAUGGUGAGGAUCUACAAGUGGGGAUGAAAGCCAUUCCGAACCUUCCCAAACGAUGCUGCUAGUGAAUUGCUGAACUUGGGAGCUGCUGGCAUCCAGUGGCCCCGAGAACCCCACUUCGUUACUGCUUCCCAGUUACAGAGAUUCUCACAAGCCUCGGAUGGGUAACGACCAACACGUCUCAGGUUUUUCUGAGUCUUGGGGCCCGGAGGUCUUGCCGCCACUGAAAUGGGGAGAGAGAGGAUGGACGUCUGAUUCCUAGAAAUCAUUCCAUAUCCUUUUUAUUUCUUUGUAAAUCUGUGUCCUAAUUUCUUUUCCCCCUCAGGCUGUGCUCUUUAUUCUCAUUUCGACCUGACUCCCGAACCUUAUAAAAUAAUGCUCUCACAUCCUGGUCCUGAUGACACUAGGGCUCACCCACCGUCAUAUCAGUUAAGCUACAGGGAAUAGGAAUAUGUAGUUUGAAGGAUUCAGGAAUAGGGGUUGAUUAAUAAUGUUGGGUUCCUUAGCCCCGCCUUCCCGUGUUUGGAUUUUAAUCCUCAGUCACCGUGGUUUCUGACACAAGGGGGUGCUAGGGAAUCAUAGGAGGAUCUCUGAUUAAACAACUGCCCUCUCGGAGAAUCUCUUAAAAAUCAAAUCUUUCACUGUCUUCCCAUCUCCCGCAAGAUUUCCGUUUUACCCAACUACCGAAUUACUUUCUGGCAUCGGAUCUUUGAAUGUCCGGAUAAUGCCCCGCGGUUUCAUCGCGAGGGCCUGACAGUUGCUAUGUGAUUGAUAGACGCAUCCCACCCGGGCCAGUGUGGACCACGGGUGAAUAUUCCACCUCUCUGGCAUGGCUCUGCAGUGAAUUGUGCAGCCUGCCUUGGGCAAGAAAUCUGAAUUGGCAGGGAGCAGGGAAGACAUUCCUUGUCACUUUGGUAAUAUAAUCCUAGCACAAGUUGCUUAUGUCCUGACUGAUGCAAGGUCUCACAUUCAAGAGGGAAAAGUGAGAGAGAAUUGGGUGAAGUAUAAUGGACAAUUCUCGGGGCUCAACCUGCAGCAAACCCUAGGAACAAGUAGUUAACCAGUUGAGCUCUUAAGAGAAAAAUCCAAGUUUUGCUGCACAAACUGGAGGGGCCUGUUACCAAAACAAAAAGAGUUUUUGAGUUUACUUGUAGCAGAAGAAUCCCAGUCCCACCCUUCUAGGUACAAAUCUAUGGGGAUGAGAGAGUGGUCUUCUGAAUAUUUAAAAACAGCAGGACGUAAUAUUGGUGUCUAGAUUUAGUAAAGUCUUUCUCUUUUGAAAACUAAGGUUAAGAUUCUGAGUUCACCUUAAUCCUUAAGUCCUUCUGCUCCCUAAAAGUGUUUUUCCAGCGGAGACAUCUAUAAAACUGAGCAAGUUCUUUUUGAGAAGUAUAGAUCUGGGUAGUAACCGUUUUUGUAGCUAGUAAGAAUUUCAGCUUCGCUCCAUAAAUUCUCAUUCCCAAAACAGGUUUUUAAAAACAGCUGACUUUUCUCUCCAGCAGGUGAAUUUUUCAACUGUUUAUCCGCUUAACAGGCAGCCUUCAGCCUAAGAGACUGAUAAGGCAUUCCAGAGAGCGAAUGAGACAGCAGAAAAGCCUUUCUCAAGUUCUAGCUGCAGAGUGUUCGCUGGAAUUAGAAGUAAAAUGACCAGCUUAGUGAUUUUUCUUAAUUGUUUAUUCUUAUUAUUCAAUUUAUUUGGUCCAGAGCCCUUUUUCUACUAUCUGGUGGUGUUGUGGGGGGCCACUGUCCAAAAAUUGUUGCAUUCCCAGUUCUUCCCCCCCCCACUCCUUUUAUGCUGUCUUUUGGUACUUUCACCCAGUUUGGGGGUGGGGGUAAAUUGAGUGGCUUUUCUCCAAAUCCAUUUACCUCUUGCUAGGGAGAGAGAAAACAUCCCUCUUGUUUUUAGUCAGUAUUUUUUGGCUUUUCUUUCACUUAUCUCUUCUAAAUGUGUCCCAUACACCCCUGGGGACAUUUUAAAAAUCCCAGCUUCCUAACUGUCAUGAAAGGCCCCCUUUUACCCAGAAAACAGGCUCCAGUGACCCUUGAGUUGAUUAUCUGUCUUUGCUCUUGGCUGAGGCUCAAGGGGAAGAAAGAAAUUGAGCCGAAGACCUCACCUGGGUUUCCAACAGGCAACAGUCUAUGUUAGGCUUUUUUUUUUCUGGCAAUAUAAGAUACUUGGCUCCUGAAGCUGCACUUUCCUCUAUCCUUGGAGUAGUUUACUCCUUCUAGGUAAAGGACUUAAGAUGCCACUAGGAGAGGUGGAGGUGAGUGGUCUGUUGUCUUUAGUAUAUUGCAGAUCCUGGAUUACUGAAGCAACUAUUGGGUUUCACUCUCUGACCCAGGGUUUGAGAUUCACAUUUGCCAAAGAGAACCCAGUGAAGUUAUAGAAAUCAAGCGAGAAAGCCUUUGUCUAUUAUUGGGACUCAGCCUUUCUAGACCCAUCGGCAACCAGUGUAAAUGGCAGUUUUAUGUGUUGCUAAACACCAGAAGGGUAGCUAGAGUUGAAAUCAGUUCAGUUCAUUUCUCCCGACAUAAGAAUUUAGCCUGUCCUGUGAGCUGUCUGUCCUUGCUUUGAAAACCCAGUUGUAAAAUAAUGCUCCUCUAUUUAAUUGUCUCUUCCUGUAUAUAUGCCUUAUUUCUCCAUUUUUAUGCAAAGUGAAGAAUAAAGAAUUUAUAGUGAAAAGUA